AUGAAGGGAGAAAAGGAGGAGUUUACAGUUAGUGGGAAGGAGGUGAAAAUGGAUUUUAGCUCUGGAUAUGGAGCAGGAGGUCCUCGUGAAGUUUUCCUGAGAUUGAUGGCUACAAUAACCACUUUGGGUGCAGCAAUUGUUAUGGGAUUGGACAAGCAAACAGUUGAUCUUUAUGGUGUCUACAUUUAUGCCAAAUAUUACUACAUGCCGGCCUUUACGUUUUUCGUUGUGGCCAAUGCAACUGCUGCACUAUAUGGACUGUUAUUUGUAGUCAUCUAUUGUACUAGUAAUGCCAAGAGGCGUCUUCACUCUACCAGAAAAUGGCUAUUCUUCUUUGACUUGAUGACGACAUUACUUAUAACUUCUGGGAUUUCGGCAGCUGCUGCAAUUGGAUAUAUUGGAUUGGAAGGAAACAAUCAUGCUGGGUGGAUGAAAGUAUGCAAUGAAUUUGAAAUGUUUUGUCAUCGUGCAGAAGGUGCCCUGGCUGUUUCUGCCUUGGGAUUGUUUAUUUUCAUUGGUCUUACAAUAGUUUCUGCUGGUUCUCUGUCGAACCUUCCGGAAUUUUCAGCAGAAGAUUCUACAACGAUAAUGAAUGCAUAA